AACUCAUUAAUCAUCAUACACUAACCAAACCCACCACCUCUAAUUGUCUCUUAAUCUCCACAUCUCCAAACACUACUCUUUCCUAUUCCAUCACCUAGCUUUCACUACAACUAGCUCAAACCUAAGAUAAACUUAACAUAACAUUUAUUUCACCAAGUAAAACAAACCCUUGUUGUUUUUAACAAAAUGAAAGUGAAAGGAGGCCCAAACAAAGCCUGUGCUGCAUGCAAGUUCCAGAGAAGAAGGUGCUCUUCAGACUGCCCUCUAGCACCCUUUUUCCCAGCUGAUCAGCCCAAAAUCUUCAACGACGUGCACCGUCUUUUCGGAGUUUCCAAGGUGAUCAAAAUUCUCAAAAAAAUGAGGAACGAUGAUCAGAAAAUCGAUGCCAUGAAAUCCAUUAUCUAUGAGUCCUACAUUCGCGAAAAAUUCCCUGUUCAUGGCUGUUCCGGCAUUAUUUCACAGCUCAACCAGGAGCUCCAAAAGGCCACCCAAGAGCUCCAUUAUGUCCGCGCGCAGCUUGCAAUGCUGAGAGAAAAUAAUUCUCCGUCGUCUCAGAUUAUGAACUCGUACGAUCUUUUUAGUGAGAUUAAUGAAAAUGGCUCUGCAUUUUAUACUGAACAGUCGGCAGAUGAAACCAAAUGUUUAUUCAAUCGUAAUAAUUAUGUGACCGAUGAUAACAACAAGCUGUUAGAAAUUGAAACGCAGCUCGGUGGUUCGUGUGCGUUUGCUGUGACUCCUAAUCAAGUCGCGGAAGGUUGUGAUCAAGAUUAUGAUAUUUUGAACUUCAAUGCUAUCGAUGAUUUACCAUCCAAGGAAGCCUGUGAAUCGAGCUCAGAAUCAACGUCUAGAGAUACGAAACUACUGGAACUGGGACCAGAGAGCGAACUCAAGAAUGCAGCUGCAUACUUCAGUCUCAUGAACAUUAACUAAUUAAUUGUACUUGUGAGUUUAUGAUCAGUACAAUAACAUUAUAACAGAGUUCUUGUUCAGAUUAGAAAUUAUAUGAUCCGUUCUGUCAAGUCUGGUUCGCUGCAUCACAAGGGGCAAUUGUGAGCUAGCUGCUUGCUGCUAGAUUAUAUCCACAUUUUCUUCAUAAUUUGUUUUGGUGGAUUCGGUGAAAAACAAUAUUCAAUAGUUCAU